CGAGUCGAUGCCGAUGCGGGUGCGAGGAGGUUUAAAACAAAUUUGCCUCAUAACUUUCGACGCUUUUAAAGCAGAAAUUUGUUUUAAUUCAUAAACAAGUACGAGUUGAGAGAUGGGUGAGGAUAAUGUCAAGGUGUGCGUCCGCAUACGACCCCUGAUACAAAGGGAGACCAGUGGCAGCAGUGUCACGUACUGGAAGUCAGACAAACACUCCAUGUCUCAGAUUGACAACAACAAAUCUUUCAUAUUUGACCGUGUCUUUGGCCUCGAUGAACAGACUUAUGAUGUGUUCGAUGAAAUUGCGAGGCCCAUCAUUAAAGCCGCUGUCAAAGGCUACAAUGGUACCAUCUUCGCUUAUGGACAAACGUCAUCGGGGAAAACCUUCACAAUGAUGGGGUCUGAGAGCUACCCAGGCAUCAUCCCCUUGGCCAUGAAAGAGGUUUUUGACGUCAUUAAAAAUCUGCCGGGCAGAGAGUUUCUCCUGCGCGUUUCUUACAUGGAAAUCUACAACGAGACCAUCUGUGACCUGCUGUCCAAAGACAAAAAGAAGAAAUCACUGGAAAUUCACGAAGACGCCAACAGGACGGUGUACGUUGCUGAUCUGAGUGAGGAGGUGAUCACCAGCAUAAAGGACAUUCUGGAGAUUAUGCGCAUUGGCGAAAAGAACCGCCACUAUGGAGAGACCAAGAUGAACGAUCACAGUAGCCGGUCCCAUACGAUCUUCCGAAUGAUCAUCGAGAGCCGGGAGAGGUCACAGAGGGAGUCGAUGGAUGGCGUCAUCGCCGUGUCUCACUUGAAUUUGGUGGACUUGGCUGGCAGCGAGAGGACCAGGCAGACUGGGGCAGAAGGCUUGAGGCUAAAAGAAGGAUGUAACAUCAACAGAAGCCUCUUCAUCCUGGGCCAAGUCAUUAAGAAGCUGAGUGAAAACCCCUCUGGGAGUGUGUACCUAAACUACCGUGACAGCAAGCUUACGAGAAUCCUGCAGAACUCAUUGGGGGGGAACGCCAAAACGGUCAUCCUGUGCACGGUCACACCAGCCGCCCUCGAGGAGACGCUCAGCACCCUAAUGUUUGCCAGCACGGCGAAGAACAUGAAGAAUUCUGCCCAUGUGAACGAGGUGAUUAAUGAUGAGGCCAUGCUGAAAUGCUGCAGGAGGGAGAUCAUGAAUCUGAAGAAGGAACUGAUGCAGAAAACGCAGAUGCACCAGGCUCAGGCGCAGCAGCUUGCGGAGCGUGAUCAGCUGCAGAGAGAGAGCGAGGAGCGAAUCCGCAGCCUCAAGCACAUGAUCAUCAACUACAGUGUUACUGCUGCGGGCGCCGCCGACGACUCCGCGUUUGCAAGACCAAAGCGCAGGGAGACAUGGUGUCCCGGUCUUCUGAGAUCUCACGCCAAAAAGUUCCGGGGCAACAGCAACAUGACAGGCGAUUUGGACUUGACCUCAGCCACAGACGCGACUCAGGGAGAGGACACGCCGGAUUCAUCGCUCCUAGACGUCAACAAGUCUUUAGGCUCGGUGUCUGUGCGCCGCAAACGCGGGUCCUCGGCGAUGGUAAUGGUGAGGGAUGAUCCCGAGGAGGAGGAGUCAGAGUGGCUGCGGAGCGUCUCCUCGGAAGACAGCCCCUUGUUUAGCAAACUGCAAGCCAAGGUGAGCGAGUUGGAGGAGGAGCUGCAGGAUGCUCGCCUGAAGGAGGCGGAGAAGAACGGACAAUUCAUGGCCAUCCUUGAUGACAGGGACGAGCUACGCCAGGAACUUGCCACCCUCAAGGCGAAGCUGAAGGAAAUGGAGGCAGAGAGGCAGCGAGUAGAAACCGGCGCGCAUGACUCUCCACUGGAAACGGCUGGAGCUCCGUCAGACCACUUGGUCGCUUCAAACGGCGCCAGCGGGCAACACUUUAAUUCAACAAAAGACGAGAACGAUCCAAAUGCCGCCCCCCUUGCUUUACAGCUGAAUGUGCAGGAUUACGAGGAGCAGAUUUCAGCCUUGAAGGGGAGAGUUGCUGCAUGCGAAAAGGAGAACAGCAGACUUAGGGAUGCUGCGAUGGAGGCGGAAAACAUCGCGCAGUACCUGGAGGAGAUUUCAAAUCUGCAGAGUGGCCUGUCACAUCUGAAAACUGAAAAUUCCAAGCUCCGAGCGCUAAUGGAAAAUCGUUCACCUGAAGGCAAAGAGGCGCUGGACUCUUCAUGUGAGGCUCCAAAGGACAGCCCUGCUAAUGCUCUUCUAGCAGAGGAGAACGCCUGCUUGAAACUGGAAUGGGAGACGAUGGGCAAGGAGGUGGAGAAGGUGCAGGCAGAAUGUGCAGAAGCAUCAUCUCGGCUGCUUGACUGUCAGUUCAGGCUGUCGGCGAUGGAGGUGCAGAACUCGGAACUUAACGACGAGCUUCAUACUAAGAAUAGAGGCCUUGAUGAAGCAAACACCUCUUUGAAAUCUCUCCAAGAGGAACUCUCCUCCCUGCGGAUGAAGCUACGAGAGAAUGAGGAUGGGAACGCCCAGCAUGAUGAAGACGGAGCCCCCGCUGUGCAGCUACUGGAAGAAAGGCUGACUGGCUUCAAAGACCAAGUGACGGAAAUGAAAAUAAUCAACCAGGACCUUGCUACUGAAUUGGCAUUAAAAGAGCUGAACCUACAGAAAGCGGAGCAGUCUGCGAAGGUCUCUGCUGAGGAAAUAUCCACUUUGCAGUUGAGCAGUGAUGCAGCCAAAGCCGAAUUGGAGCGUCUGAAAAGCCUGCUCGAGCAGAAGAGUGAAGAGCUUGACCAGUGGGCGUCGUCUUCAAUGGAUGAGAAAAUGCAACUGGAAUUGCAAUUGGCUUCCCUCAGGAAAGAAAUGGAACAGCUAGGAGAGGAGCUGCAGAUUGCUCGUGAAUCAAAAGAGCAAGCUGGUGACUCCUAUCCUGAAAUGGAAGCCUCUGACGCAGUGGCUAGGCUGAGUUCUCUGGAGACGAAGUGCGAAAUGCUGCAGAGCAAACUAGGGGAAAAAUCGAAUGAGUUGGACACCCUUGCUGGUGUUUUGGAAGAGAAUAGAUCCUUGCAGACGAAACUGGAAAGUGAGAACCAAGGCCUUCAGGAUAAGGUUGUGAAGAUGUCACUUGAAUACGAGAGAGAGAUAUGCAAUAAUAAAACGUUGGUGACUGAAAUUGAUGUUCUUCAGCAGCAAGCGAGAGAGUUUGAUGACGAUAACAGUCGCCUUGUGGAGGAAAGCAAGGGUUACUCUGAAACGAUUACUACACUCCAGCACUCUGUUGAGGAAGCUCAACAACAAGUGUCACUCCUCAAGGACAGCGUUGAAAAACUAACCGAAGAAAACUAUGAACUAAAAAUGGAUACCCAAGGGACAACUUUAAUGUCCAGGCCUGCCCAAGAGCCGGUCAGCCAAGGUUCUCGGAAAAGGGCCGAAGGGCGCCGGUCGACACGCAGGUCAUCGAGAUUGAUUGCUAAUAUGGAGCUGUCGUUCGAUGAGUGCGAUUACAGGCUCCUCAACCCGCAGCAGGCGGCCGACACUUGCAGCAUCAUACCGGAGAAUUUGGCGGAAGUGGAACUGGAGAGCCUGCGUGGAAAGCUUGCCAGUUUGGAGGAGGAAAACAAGUCUUUGCUUGCACUGUUACCGCCUGCUCCUGAGAAGCUAAAGGAGGAAAUGAGUGACAGCAUGGCUGAGCUGCUAGCCAGGGUGCCCAUACUGGAGGAGGAGAAAUGUCGACUGGAGGUCGCACUAGACGCAAAGACGAGAGAGCUCGGCUCCAUCUCAGAUGAGGCCAUAACGAUUCAGCAGCAGCUCAAAUCUGCAGAAAAAGAGAUUGAGAACCUGCAGAUGAUCUUGGAUGCGCUGAAUGAGGAGUCUGUGAAUCAGUAUAAAUUGAGUAGCAGUGAGAGUAACAGGAUGAAUACGAUGGAGGAGGAAAAUGAGUCUUUGCGGAAAAAACUGGAAGCUCUGCUGGCCCAUGCUGCUGAGAGCGAUCAUGUGGAGGUAUCCAAUGAAGCAGAUGUCAAUCUGGAAGACAAACUGAGGACACUGGACGUGGAAAAGGCCAACUUGCAAGCGCAAAUAGAGCAUGUCCAGGCAGAAUGCCAAGCACUCACAAAUGCUGCCGAUGACAAUGCUGGAAGAAUGCGAGUGGUGGAGUCAGAGUUAGAAUCCGCCAGAUUGCGGAAUGAGGAGAUGUCCAUUACCCUUCUCUCUGUCCAAGCCAAACUUCAGGAAGUGGACCAUGAGAAUGCCCAAUUACGCGACCAUGUCAAUUCUGCAAAUGAGCUUGAUGACAAACUUUCAACGGCAAUGGAGACCAUUUUGGUGCUGAACGAAAAACUUUCGUCAAUCCAAAUUGAAAAACAAGAGCUGCAAGUGCGAGUGGAUUCUUUACAAACCCAGAGUGAUGAACUCUCCACUGCCUCUAACAUCACUGCCCUCAAUAGCGAACUACAGCUGCUUCUGGAAGAAAAGGAGGCUUUGCAGUCCCAAUUUGAGGAUGCUGUGCUGCGCUGCGAGCGGUUGUCUAGUAUUUCGGAUGAGCUCGCUGAUCUGAAGGUUCGGUUUGCAAUGACAGAAGAUGAAAAGGAGUCUCUACAGUUGCAAAUUGACUCUCUUGCUAAAGAAAAAGGUGACCGCUAUCUGAAGGGUGCUCAGGAGGCUUCCAUGCUGGAGGAAAAGAUGAAUGUGCUCGAACAUGAAAAGAGAGUGCUGCAGAUACUGCUUGACUCUGACAGAAAAAGGGGUGAGGACCUGUCUGCUGAAACAGAGAUGAUAUCUCUGAAGGUCAAACUUCAAGAGCUUCAGGAUCAAAAUGAAGUGUUGCGGUCGCAGAUGGAGUUCUCUGAUGUGCAGUGUCAGCAUCUAUCUGGUAGAUCUAAUGAAGUGGCCGAUCUCAAGAGCAGGCUUCACACAUUUGUAGAAGAGAAUGUGAUGGUGCAGUCAUGUGAAAACUCUGAUGGAGUGAAACGUGACCAGCUGUCCGCUUCUUCGGAUGAAGUUGUUUUCCUAAAGGUUAAACUUCAAGAGCUACAAGGUGAAAGGGAGCAGAUGCAAUCUCAAUUAUAUUCUCUUCAAUUGCAGUGUGAACAGCUUUCUUCAGCCCCCGAUGAAAUUCGUGAUCUGAAGACCAGGCUUGGGGUACUAGAGGAGGAAAAGGAACUGCUUCAAACACAGCUGAACUCAACACAUUCUCAGGAACUCAGUGAUGAAUUGGCAAAAACUGCUGAAGAAAUGUCUGCACUGAAAGAAAGACUAGAGCUAGUUGAAGGUGAAAAAGCUGACCUUCAAGUGCAAUUAGAUUCUGCUAAAACACAGCAAGAGCAGUGGUCCUCUGCCACAGAUGAAUUGGCAACCCUAAAGCUUAAACUACAAGCGCUGCAAGAUGAGAAGGAGCAGUUAGAAUUGCAGUUUGAGUCCCUUGGACUGCAGUGCAAGCAGCUCUCGGCAGCCUCUGAAAUUGCUGAUCUGACGACUAAACUUCAGGUUAUCGAAAUUGAGAAUGCUGAUCUGAAGACCAGGCUUCGGGUGCUAGAGGAGGAAAAGGAACUGCUCCAAACACAACUAAACUCUUCAACACAUUCUCAAGAACUUGCUGAUAAAUCCUCAGAGACUGCUGAUAAAAUGUCUGCAUUAACAGAAAAAUUGCAGCUUGUGGAACUUGAAAGGAGUGAAUUGCAAUUGCAGUUAGAUUCUGCUAAAGCGCAGCAAGAUGAGUGGGCUCAUGAAAUGUCAACCCUGAAGCACAAUUUUCAGGAACUGCAAGAUGAGAAGAAGCGGUUAGAAUCCUGGUCUGAUUCGCUUCGUCUGCAGUGUGAACAGCUCUCAGCAACCUCUGAUGAACUUGCUGAUCUGAAGACUAAACUUCAGGUUAUCCAAAUUGAGAAUUCUGAUCUGAAGACCAGGCUUCACAUGUUGGUGGAGGCGAAAGAGGAACUUCUCCAAACACAUCUGAACUCUUCAAAACAUUCUCAGGAACUCGGUAAUGAAUUGGCAAAGACUGCUGAAGAAAUUUCUGCACUGAAAGAAAGACUAGAGCUAGUUGAAGGUGAAAAAGCUGAUCUUCAAGUGCAAUUAGAUUCUGCUAAAACACAGCAAGAGCAGUGGUCCUCUGCCACAGAUGAAUUGGCAACCCUGAAGCUUAAACUACAAGCGCUGCAAGAUGAGAAGGAGCAGUUAGAAUUGCAGUUAGAGUCCCUUGGACUGCAGUGCGAGCAGCUCUCGGCAGCCUCUGAAAUUGCUGAUCUGACGACUAAACUUCAGGUUAUCGAAAUUGAGAAUGCUGAUCUGAAGACCAGGCUUCGGGUGCUAGAGGAGGAAAAGGAACUGUUCCAAACACAACUAAACUCUUCAACACAUUCUCAGGAACUUGGUGAUGAAUUGGUAAAAACUGCUGAAGAAAUUUCUGCACUGAAAGAAAGACUAGAGCUAGUUGAAGGUGAAAAAGCUGACCUUCAAGUGCAAUUAGAUUCUGCUAAAACACAGCAAGAUCAGUGGUCCUCUGCCACAGAUGAAUUGGCAACCCUAAAGCUUCAACUACAAGCGCUGCAAGAUGAGAAGGAGCAGAUAGAAUUGCAGUUCGAUUUGCUUCGGCGACAGUGUGAACAGCUCUCGGCAGCUUCUGAUGAACUUGCUGAUCUGAAGACUAAACUUCAGGUUAUCGAAAUUGAGGAUGCUGAUCUGAAGACCAGGGUUCGGGUGCUGGAGGAGGAAAGGGAACUGCUCCAAAUACAGCUGAACUCUUCAACACAUUCACAGGAACUUGGUGAUGAAUUGGUAAAAACUGCUGAAGAAAUUUCUGCACUGAAAGAAAAACUAGAGCUAGUUGAAGGUGAAAAAGCUGACCUUCAAGUGCAAUUAGAUUCUGCUAAAACACAGCAAGAUCAGUGGUCCUCUGCCACAGAUGAAUUGGCAACCCUAAAGCUUCAACUACAAGCGCUGCAAGAUGAGAAGGAGCAGAUAGAAUUGCAGUUCGAUUUGCUUCGGCGACAGUGUGAACAGCUCUCGGCAGCUUCUGAUGAACUUGCUGAUCUGAAGACUAAACUUCAGGUUAUCGAAAUUGAGGAUGCUGAUCUGAAGACCAGGGUUCGGGUGCUGGAGGAGGAAAGGGAACUGCUCCAAAUACAGCUGAACUCUUCAACACAUUCUCAGGAACUUGGUGAUGAAUUGGCAAAAACUGCUGAAGAAAUUUCUGCACUGAAAGAAAGACUAGAGCUAGUUGAAGGUGAAAAAGCUGACCUUCAAUUGCAAUUAGAUUCUGCUAAAACACAGCAAGAUCAGUGGUCCUCUGCCACAGAUGAAUUGGCAACCCUAAAGCUUCAACUACAAGCGCUGCAAGAUGAGAAGGAGCAGAUAGAAUUGCAGUUCGAUUUGCUUCGGCGACAGUGUGAACAGCUCUCGGCAGCUUCUGAUGAACUUGCAGAUCUGAAAAUUAAACUUCAGGUUAUCCAAAAUGAGAAUCUACAACAGGAGCACUCUCGUAACAAGGAAAUGUCAGCAAUGAAGGACCGUAACCUUGAGCUACAAGCUCUCAUUGACUCCCUUCAAACUCAGAAAGAUCUCUUAUCCAUCACUUCUGAUGAAAUUGUAUCUCUAAAGGCUGCACUGGAGGCACUACAGACUGAACGGGAAGAGCUGAAAUCCCAGCUGGAUUUUGCCAAUUCUCAGUGUGAGCAGUUGUCCUUUGCCUCCGAAGAGACAUCUUCGCUCCGAUCAAAGCUGGAGAUGGCAGUGGUGGAGUCCGCGCGCUUGCAGAGCUGCCUGGAGUCUGCUAAUACCCAGUUGGAAGUGCAGUCGCACGUUACGCUGGAACUCGAGCAGAUGAGAUCGGCACUCAGCACCCUGGAGGGCAAAAGGGCACGCAUGCAGGCACUCCUGGGCUGUGGCGAUACCACAGAUGAUGCCAGGGAGGAGGAAGAGGAUCCAUUCGUGGGGAAGAGCCUGCCAUCAGCCGAGGCAGGACGCGUAUACUCGCGCGACUCUAUGCGCGACAGCGGAAUAGAGAGAUCCAGUGGGGACAUGGUGGAACUUGGAAGCAAUAUUCCACUGCUCGAGGACGAGCAGCUGUUGGUGUGCGACGAAGGAGACGUUGGCUCCCACGAUGCGUCCGUCGUGAGCAGCCGAAUGGAGGAGCGUGACGCUGAAAGGGAUGAGCUGCGGCGCUCGCUCGAGGAGCUGAAGGGGGAGUUUGUCCAGGUGCAGAACGAGCGGAGACGGAGCAGUCACAAGCACUUGAACCAGGAGCAGCACUUGGAGAAUCAGCUGCUGGAGAGCAUCCAGCUGUGUGAGAGUCUGCUGCUGGAGAAGAAAGAGCUGGAGGCGCAGCUUGAGGAAAGAGUUAAUUUUGUCGAGAAGCUCCAAGAGGACCUGAGAACCAAGAAGGUUGAGCUUCAGGACCUGCAGGAACUACAAGAGUUUGAAAAUCUGGAGAAGAAGACUGAGCAUGAGGCGCAGCUGAUGCAUGAAUUUGAGCAGCUCAAGAAACUUGUUCAGAAAGGGGAGGAAUACAACCAGGAGCUGGAGGCUGACUUGAAGAGGACGUUGCAGGAGCUGCGCUGCAAGGAGGAGGAGAUGCUUAGGCUGCAGGAAGAGAUGCUCCAAAUGACUGAAGCGAUGUCCAAGCAGCAGCGGUGGGAGAACGACAUGCCAAAGGGUUCGGAUGCGCAGGAGCUUAGGGAGCACGUGAAGACGCUGCGGAAGUCGCUGGAGGACGCGGAAAUCGUGACAAAGGACAGCACCAAGCAGGCCGCCAUACUCCGCACGGAAAACCUCGGCCUCAAGGAGCAGAUGGCGGACAUCCAGGUGAGACUGCAGGCUCUGACGAGGGAGGCGGAGGGCUGCCGCUCAUCUCUCGAGCAGGAGAAGAUGCGCUACCGCAGCAUGGAGAUGGACCUGCAGCGUGAGCUGCACAGCAUCUAUGCCGACCACACCCGCCUCUCGCAGCUCCUCGACGGCAAAGUGCCCAAAGAUCUUCAGACGCGCUAUGAGCUGGAGAAGCAGCUGCAGGAGGUGAAGGCUCGCCUGCAAUCGAUGAUGGAGAGGGACCAAAUGCAAACAGAGGCCUCCCACCCCGACAAAGCCGACAACACUGCUCGUGAACUCGCCGCCUUGAUGCAAGAGACUUCCGAGCUGAAAGAGAAACUCAGCCUCGCGACGGCCGAAAGGGACCAGCUGGCGGCAAAACUGGAGAUGGCGGCGCGGGAGAAGGUCGACCUACAGCGAAGGGCUUUGGCUCGAGAUGAUGAGGAGCUGGCAUUGGAGAAGGAGAACGUCGCCACGGAGAAGGAGCUCGCUCUGCAGCAAGAGCUUUGCCUUGCCGAGGAAUUGGCUUGCAAGAAAGCCGAGCUCUCUCAAUCGUAUCUGGCGAGCAGCGUCGAGCACCGGGAUGCCACUGGCGCCUUGAGCGCGGUGACAGAGCAGCUAUCGGACAUGGAAGAAAGGGUGCGCUGUUUAACCCUGCAAAGGGACGAACUGUCGGCCAGGGUGGACACGCUGGUUGCAGAGAGGGAAAGCCUGCUGACGGAGAAGGGCUUGCUGGAAAGUGCGCUGCUCAGCCAGGAGGCGGGCGCGCGAGAGGAACACAGGCCUGCUCUCGCGGGAGGUGGCAGUGUUGAAGCCAUCCAAAUUCAAGCGGAGCUGUUGGAGCUGCAGGCAAAGCUGAAGGCCUCACAGAUGAAGCAGAAGGACAUGGAGAAGGCCCUUCAGGAGAAGUCCACCGAAGUUGUGAGGAUGCAGAAACGGCUGAUGGAAGCACAAUCAUCUGCACAGGCCAUGCAAAUUCAAGGGGAGCUGUUUGAGCUGCAGGAGAAGAUGAAGGCCUCAGAGAUGCAGCAGAAGGACAUGGAGAAGGCCCUUCAUGAGAAGUCCACUGAGGUUGUGUGUCUGCAGAAACAGCUGACAGAGGCACAGGUGUCUGAACAGCGGCGCACGUUGGACGAGGAGCAGCGCCAUUCGGCACUGGUGGAGGAGCUCCGUGCAGCGCACCACAGCAGCGAGAGCUUGCGGGACGAGGUGCAGGUGCUGAGCCGACAGGUUGUGGAGCUCGAGCAGCAGCUGGCGCUCGCCCAGGAAAAGAAUAACAAUUUCAUUGCUGAAGCAGCUCAACAUGUUGAGGAGCAGCGCCAUUCGGCAGUGGUGGAGGAGCUCCGUGCAGCACACCAGAGCAGCGAGGGCUUGCGGGACGAGGUGCAGGUGCUGAGCCGACAGGUUGCGGAGCUCGAGCAGCAGCUGGAGCUCGCCCAGGAAAAGAACAACAAUUUCAUUGCUGAAGCAGCCCACCAUGUUGAGGAGCUGAAUUUGAUGACGUCGCAGUCGGAGUACUUCAUGAAGCUGAUCGAUGAAUCUGACAUGGAGCUCAAGGAGGAGAAGAAUCGGACUAAGGAGCUCCUGGCUCGCGUCGCCUCCCUCGAGUCGCAGCUACAGGCGGCCACGGCAGGCGGAAUAGCCGGACCGAGUGGCUUGGGCGAGCUCCAACAACUGAAGGAGAAGCUAAUGGAGGUGGAAGCAUCUUUGAAGUUCAACAAGGAGACGAUGAGCAGUAGCGAGAAGGCGUUUGGCGAGACGGUGGAGCGCCUGCAGUCCGAGCUCGCGGUGGAGAAGCGUCAGGCGGACGUGCUGAGGCAGCGCGUCGCCGUGCUGGAGAGCGAGGCUCCUCACCUUGGCUCCCAGCUGCAGGUCGCCCGUGCCGAACAAAGCGCCGACACGUCGGAGAGCCAGCAGCAGCAACUGGAAACUUUGAGGAAGAGAUCCAGAAGCUACAGGGGCUGCUCGUCUGCAAAAAUGAUGACGGAGAUGAAGUUUCAGUCGGAGUGCUUCAUGAAGCUGAUCGAUGAUUCUGACAUGGAGCUCCAAGAGGAGAGGAAGCAGACUAAGGAGCUGCUGGCUCGCGUCGCCUCCCUCGAGUCGCAGCUGCAGGCUGCCACGUCAGGUGGAAGAGCCGGGCCGAGCGACUCGGGCGAGCUCCAACAACUGAAGGAGAAGCUCACGGAGGUGGAAGCGUCUUUGAAGUUCAACAAGGAGACGAUGGGCAGUAACGAGAAGGCGUUUGGCGAGACGGUGGAGCGCCUGCAGUCCGAGCUCGCGGUGGAGAAGCGUCAGACGGACGUGCUGAGGCAGCGCGUCGCCGUGCUGGAGAGCGAGGCUCCUCACCUUGGCUCCCAGAGCGCCGACACAUCCGAGAGCCCGCAACAACUGAAAACGUUGAAGGAAGAGGUCAGGAAGCUGCAGGAGCUGCUCGCCUCCGGCAAUGACGGCAAAGAGGAAGCGGUGGCGUUGCGCGCGAAGGUGGCGGAGAUGGUGUCGCGCGAGAGCGAGCUUGAGCAGCGUGUGAUCAGGAGAGACUCGCAGCUUUGCGAUCUCAAAAGGCGGCUGCAGAUCCUCAUGAAGCCAAAUAAGCCGGAUGCUGACGGGAAGGAGUCUGCAGAUGUCAAGUAUGAGCUCGUGAAACUGCAGUUGGAGAAGUACAAGCUGGAGAGUAUUCACGAGAAGGAGGUCAAGUCUCUGAAGACCACGUUGAGCGCGAAGGAGCAGAUACUGAGGAGGCUGAAGGAGGACCUGCGUGCGGCGAGGCAGCAGGCGGACUCCACCUUCUCGGAGCCGAGUCACAGUGCCUCAUCUGGCGUCGUCACCUGCGGUGGUGGCAGCGGCGUCAUACAGGCCACGGCGCUCAUCAUCCUGCAGAACGAGAACACGCGGCUGAACAAUGAGCUGAAGCAUCUGAAACUGAAGCUGACGUCGAUCAAGGAAGGGACGAUGCUGGUGCGACUCAAGGAUUCCGCGACCAAGUACAAGCGGGAGAGCGAGGCGCUCAGGCAGAAUGUGAAGUUGCUGCAGUCUCAGCUGGACCUCCAGAAGGUGGAGAGCAUCGCGGCAGCUUCACCGUCGCCGCAACUGCCACCGGCACCAAAAACGGCCUCCGACGCGCCAGUCGGCAGCCUCCGCACACCGACCAAGCGAGCGAAGGCCUGCAUUGAGAACAAGGCUCCACUUUCUCCGCGCAAGAACCUCAUGAUGCCGCAACCUAAGAAGCACUACUUCGAGCCGGGAGCACCGAUCGCCCUGCCGAGCAACGUCCAGUUCUUCGACAACUCCAGGCUCGAAUUGAGUCCGCACAAACGUGCGCCACGCUCCACCGCUGACAGGGAUGAUGAAGACUUCUGGAAGGAGCCGUCGCAUGCCGACCAGUGCAAGCAGCAGUAACGGGAGUCACUACUGAUUGGAGUCUUAAAAGCAUCGUCCUAAUUAUUUUAUUGCUUUACAAGCGCGCUUUCUAAAUACGGCAUAGGAAAACGAAACUAAAGGCAGCAGAAGAAAUGUCACCCCUUUGGAGCAAUUAUUAGUCACAAGGCUGUCUAUAAAUGUAUACAACAAUACUCUUGUGUACAAUAACCACAGCACGGCAAUGUAAUAUAAAACUAUAAAUGUAUAGUGUUUGGUAUGUUUAUGCGUUGGGCGUUGGAGGAACGGAAAUCAUAAUGUAAAUAAAUUGUGUGAUUGCCUUACUUUUUUAAUGCACAUUUAGAAGUGUAUAUCAACGUUUGACCGACAUUGAGUUAGAUUGGCAUUUACGUUGCAUAACUUGCAGUGCGCCACAAAAACAUGGCUCUUUCAUUUCAUUCUAUUUGUCAUUAUUACCCCAACUAUAAUUAUUUACAGUUUGUAAGAAUCUAAAUUUACGGUUUUAGUGAAGCCAAUAAGUUUUGGUUACAGAAUGAAUGAAGAAAGCCUUUUCCUUUGUUUUUUAAUCGUUGCUGUUUCUAUCCAUGCACAUUUUAAAUCUUUAAAUAUCUGAUUUCUGCGUAGUUGCACAAUACCUUUGGCUGUUUACAGAGUUCCUCUGCCUCACGCUUGUCUGUCAAUCCCGUUGCAAGUGUGGAACUGUGGAAUUGCUCACGGGGUUGGUGAGAGCCGUCGUGUCUGUUUUAGGUUAUUGUAAACAUUCAGCUGUACAAGACUUCUGCCGAACGAUAUUGGGUUCCGCGGUGAGCUUUGCUUUAAACCGUUUUUCCCAAAUAUAAAUGUUUUUUUUAGUUCUAUUAAAGUUCGUUAUGUUA